AUGUUUCAACGUCGGAUGCUCUCGAAGGACGAUGAAGCCACCAGUAGCGAAGAGACUGAGGUCCGUCGUGAAGAUCAGGAAAAGAUAAAUCGUUUCAGUCGAUUACAUCAAAGAGAGGCCGUGUUGGAAGCGCAGCUCAAGGCGAAACUGAAAGACAAGGAAGAUCUUGAGGAAGUUUCUGCUGAACUUGACCUCGCCGACGAGGAUGUUCCAGUCCCAUACAAAAUCGGUGACUCUUUCAUGUCACUCCCCCUAUCGGAGGCACAAGAAAUGCUAGCUGCUUCGACUGAGAAAAUUGACAAUGAAGUCUCUGACCUAGAGGAGAAGUUGGGAGCACUAAAGGAGGAAGCACAGCAAUUAAAAAUUGCUCUCUAUGCACGAUUUGGAAAAAGUAUUAACUUGGAGACUUGA